AUGGAUGAGGUGUUUAGUAGGAUGGGUGGUAGGGUUAAGUCCUCCACAACAGAUUCCACUAUCAUGUCUAUUCUGCGUUCUAAAAUGGACAAGGCACAUGAAGGAGUCCACUCCAAGGAAGGUGUUAUUGCACGUUUACAUGAGAUAUCAAAGUUUUACGAGCUGGCAGUGAUGCAGUUAGAAGGGUGUCUGAAGUUUGUUGCUGAAGAAGCUGCUGACAGCAGUCUUGAAAGCAGUGAUGAAGAGGCUCUAGGGGAUUUGGCAGAAAUUAAAGACCGUCUUGAAGGUCGGCUUAAAGAAACUGAGCUGGCCAUAUCAGAAAAGGAUAGAGAGUUAAGUGAGAGGUUGGAAAAUGAAAUGAAGCUAAGGCAAGCAUUGGAACUCAAAGAAAGAGAAUUGGAAGCUUUACGCGCCAAUCUGGAGCUUGAGACAAAAAAAACCGAGGGCAUCGAGGAGCAGGUUCUUAGCAAUCUGGUAAUUGGAGAUGGAAAAAGAGAUGAAGGAUUCUCUGAUCUGAAGGAUUCAGUAGACCAACAGGUGUGGAAUAUCAAACAACAACUUGACCCUGAAGAUGAAGUUACUGAAGGGGGAGAUAUCAUGGUUUUGAAAGCAUGA